UGCCAGAGAUCUCUGGCUCUUCGGUACCAGUUCCUCCGCUCGCCGCCCGGCAUCCCGGCAGACAGUGACCCCGCCGUCACCUUCACUCGGCUCGGGCGGAAACCCCGCGGCGACGCCCGCAUCUCAGGCGGUGGAAGGAGACGCGCAGUCUCGGAAGAGAGGGAUAGAGCGACGCGCGCAUCCGUACGUCUGCAGCACUCCAUCUGCGGGUACCGCACCGGGAGCUGAGCGAAGGAGACGGUGACGGUAAAGCGAGCCGAGCAGACGGACGGAUGUGUUGGCGUUAGGGGGCACAGGGCUCCCUCUAUCUAGCCGCUUGUGCGAAUGGGAUCAGGUGCCCAUUGUUGCCACUGCAGAAGGGAGGGGGGCCUCCGCGAGCCAUGCGGCAGUGGUGUCUCCCGGCCAUUGCUCCCAGCUCCGAUGCUCUUCUGACGGGUGUGCCGUCUCCCCGGCUCCCUGGCGCGCUGUUAGAGAGGACCAUCCUAAAGAUUGAUACAGAGUGCAGUGAUGCCAGGAUGGAGUGCUGUGACGUGGAGCCGCGCUACACCAUCGAGCAGAUCGACCUGCUGCAGAGGCUCCGUCUGUCGGGCAUGUCCAAGCCGCAGAUCGUCCAUGCCCUCGAGUCCCUGGAACGCCUGGACCCGAUCCCCGGCCCCGCCCCCGCCCCCGCCCCCGCCCAGUCAUCCUCCUCCCUCUCCUCCUCCUCCUCACUCACCUCCGCCACCACCCAGACCCCCAGCCUGGACGCGUCGCCGUCGCCCAGCAACAGCUACGAGGCCUCCCCCCCGCCCCUCUACCCUACCAGCGGAGGUCAGAGGUCGUUCUGCUAUGACCUGGUGGAGGAGGACUGGGACCUGGAGGAGAGGGUGGAGGAGUACAUGAGACGGGACAGCAACAUGGUGAAGGAGGAAAUCAAAGUGUUUCUGAACAGCAGGAGGAUCUCACAGGCGAUCGUUGGACAGGUGACAGGGAUCAGCCAGAGCUACAUCUCCCAGUGGCUCCUGCAGCAGGGCCUGGAGAUGAGUGACUCCAAGCGCCGAGCCUUUUACCGCUGGUACCUGCUGGAGCGCAGCAGCCCAGGAGCGACGCUGUCGUUUCGGCCUCUUGUGAAGGAGGAGCCCGAUUGGAGGACCAGCAUCAGCCCUGGGGGGGGCGGGGCCGUGCUGCCUGGGGGCGGGGCUGGAGUGGCACCUGUGGGCGGGGCCAUGAGGCUACGCAGAGGCAGCCGCUUCACCUGGAGGAAGGAGUGCCUGUCAAUCAUGGAGGGUUUCUUCGUGGAGAAUCAGUAUCCUGAUGAGGCCAAGAGAGAGGAGAUCGCCAACGCCUGUAAUUCCGUCACCCAGAAACCAGGCUGCAGGCAGUCAGAGUUUGAGCGGGUCACAGCGCUGAAGGUUUACAACUGGUUCGCCAACCGGAGGAAGGAUAUGAAAAGGCGAGCCAACAUAGAGGCCGCCAUCUUGGAGAGCCUGAGCCCCAGCUGUCACUCAAACGGAGAGGAGGCGGAGCCUCCGGAGCUCACCGAACAGAUGGGCGGAGACCUCCGCCAGACCACACUCUAUCAGGAGGAAGUGUCCACCAGGAAGGACUGUGAGAAAGACGCAUCCUUGUUGGUUACCGGGGCAAUUUCUCUCCCGAGUCCUUCCCAGCACCUGGCCAAUCAAAAGCCGGACGAACUGAAAACGGAAACCGCUGACGAGGAGUGAGCCUCCGGGGAACCGCCGGGAAGAGGAUCAUGGGACACGGAGUUCCACCCAGGAUUCCUACACUCCAGCUAGUGCCACUAUAAAUAUUUAUGACAGUUAACAGUUAACCCCCCAGACAACUCUUUGGGUGAAUUCAGGUAAUGUUUGUACAUUUAAUCCAGACUGGGGGCAGAAACUGAGGUGUCCCAAAUUAUCUGAAUUCACUUACAUAGUGACCUAUAUACAGUGCACUCUGACAAUGUAAUAACAGAUGACUCUUGAUGGAAGCUGAUGCUGGACGAUGGGCCCUUAAACCCCCAAACUGAGCCGCGAAGGCCACCCUCCCCUUACCUCAGUUUACUUUAUUUUUACCUUUUUUCGUGAACAGCUCUAUUUGUCCAAUUCUGGACAGCCGUGGUUGUGGUUGGAUAAACCUGCAGGGCGGGAUUAAAAGGAGUGAAAGUACUUUUGUUGUUGUUGUUGUUGUUGAUGUUGUUAUUUCGUCUCUUGUGUGGGUGAGGGUUAAGACAACAUUUAUCAACUUGUGAUGGACAUGUUUCCCUGCAACAUGUAUGUUUUCAUUCCUGUGUACACCUGGACAUCAUCGCUGAAUGGAUCUAUUAUCGAAUGGAUCAAUAAAUGUAAGAUCUCUCCUGAA